AUGACCAAUUAUUCCAGUAGCACUGUGACGGAAUUCAUCAUUUUCGGAUUUCCAAGUCUUCAAAGGUCAUCAGUUUUACUCUUCUUUGUUUUUCUAAUUAUAUAUUUAUUCACAAUAUUGGGUAAUUCCACCAUUCUUCUCCUUGUUCUACUUGACUACAGACUACAGACUGCCAUGUAUUUCUUUGUCAGCAACUUAUCUUUCAUAGAUAUGAGCUACACUUCAGUUAUCAUCCCAAAAAUGCUGGCCAAAUUCUCGAUGGGUUUGGACACUAUUUCCUACAGUCUCUGUUUCUCACAAAUGUAUUUCUUCUUCUCAUUCGGUGCAGCUGAAUGUCUUCUUCUCUGCGUGAUGGCCUAUGAUCGUUAUAUCGCCAUCUCCUCACCACUUCACUAUCAUGGUAUUAUGACCAGACAUCUAUGUAUUGUCCUUGCUCUGGUAGCAUGGAUUGGGGGAUUCAUUUUUCCAUUGACUACAUUAAUUUUACUUUUCAGAGUGUCUUUCUGUGGGCCAAAUAUUAUCCAUCAUUAUUAUUGUGACCAUCCACCUCUACUUGAGUUGGCCUGCACAGACACUUCUCUCAACGUCAUUGUAGGUUCCUCAAUUAGUGGUGCCUUCAUUUUAGUAACAUUUUUAUUAAUUGUGAUAUCAUAUGUUAAAAUUAUAUUGGUAAUCACCAAAAUAAGCUCACACGAAGGACGCAGGAAAACAUUUUCUACUUGUGCUUCACAUUUCCUGGUGGUUAACUUGUUUUAUCUGCCGAUUAUCUUCAUGUACAUUCGCCCUAGAGCCUCCUACUCCUUAAAUGUUGACUCUCUUGUUGCCAUGCUCUAUACGGUAUUAACACCCAUGAUGAAUCCUAUGAUAUACACUCUGAGAAAUAAAGAAAUCAAAGAGUCUUUCAGAAGAAACAUUACAUUUAAAGGGUUACUCCAAGUUUUUAAGGACAGCCAAGGCGACAAUCUCGUUAAGGCUUUGAGAGGAGCAGCUACGCAGAACUUCCCCUUCUCUGUCACUGUGGCCAUCAACCUGUCCCAAUAUUUGAGCAUCAAUAUGGAAGUGGGAUAA